AGGCGGUUGCUAAGCAACCCCACGCUCAGCCUGCUGGUGGUGGCGGUGAAGGUGUGGAGAAAUGGCUCCUGAGGUCCGUGUGGAGAUCACUGGGCUGAUGAAAGUUCAUCGCUUUCAGGUCGCUAAAAGCAUCGCAGAGGUAAUGACUCGCUCUGACGCCUAUAAGGGCUUAAAACAAAAAUUCCCAGAUUCAUUUUUUGAGCCCACCAUUUGUCCACUGCUUGAGCUUGACUGGAAUAUGUAUCUAGCAGAUAAAAAGCAGGAGCUGAAAGGGGAGAUGUUCCAGUACAGAGGGAGUGUGGUGUGUUUCGUGAAUGGUCAGUUUAUCGGGGAUGAAAAAGAUCUGUCCAGGUGGGCAGAGAAACAGUGGCUGUUCACUUUCUACCGCCCCCCGGCACUUUAUGCUGCCAUUACUGACGAAUACUACCAGCAGCACCUGCUCAACACUGGGCAUGUAUUUGUGUACAUGGAUGUUGAGAUUGGAGGGGAAGCAGCUGGUCGAUUACUGUUUGAGCUCUUCUCAGACCUGUGUCCAAAGACAUGUAAAAACUUUAAAGCCCUGUGUACUGGAGAGGCAGGCAUGUCCCAGAACCAGCUCAUGCUCAGCUACAAGAACUCCCUGUUCCACAGAGUGGUGCCUAAUGGCUGGUUGCAAGGAGGAGAUAUUACUCCCGCUGGGAAAGGCAAUGGUGGAGAAUCCAUUUAUGGUGCAACUUUUGGAGAUGAGGGUUUUGCUGUAUCUCACAACAAGCGAGGGAUCUUGGGAAUGGCCAACCAAGGACCCCACAGUAACGGUUCCCAGUUCUACAUCACCCUACAGCCAGCCCUAUGGAUGGAUACAAAUUAUGUGGCUUUUGGGCAAGUUGUUGAAGGCACAGAUGUUCUUAGGAAACUAGAGGAAGUGCCCACUUACAAUGAAAGACCAAAACAGGACUGCAGAAUAGUUGCAUGUGGGUUGUUUAAUCCUUGACUGUUUAUGUUCAUUGGUAGGAGUGAUUUUUGUAGGUAGUCUACAAAUGUGGAACUUUAGAACUUCUAAUCAAAAUGAAUUACAAGGAGUAGACAUUUUCCGUUUCUGUGAAAUUGCCUUAGGCAAAUAAAAAUCAUAACACCUUUCCCAUAAACAUUCCUAUGCAAAGGUUUGGGCACCCCUGAUGAAAUCAUCUGUUUUGUUAAACAAGUUGAGAAUAUGUUAAAUUCUCAUACAUGUUGAUGCACAGUUACUGUUUUUAUUACCUCUUGUAACAGUGUCUCAUAUGUAUAAGUUAUGACACAAUUGAAAUAUUAUGUUGUGUGUUUUUUUUUGCAAGAUGUCAGCAGUUAUAUAUUAAAAGUUUCUUAUUUUGUCUGAAA